GAGAAGAAAACAAAGGUGGAGGAGAGAGGGAGGAGCAGCAGAAGCGAUAGCAGGAAGAGGAAGAAGAGACGAUGGAGCACCCCGGAAUCUUCAGCACGCCCCCGCUCACAAAACUCCUCAGUGCAGCAAACGCACGGGGGUCGCUCCUGGUCAAACACUUCAGAGGACCAACACAGAGAGAGAGAUGGGGACAGAGACAGAGAGAAUAACAGAGACCGGUACAGAGACCGAGAUGGGGAACGAGAUGGAGAUCGAGACAAGGACAGAAAGAAAGAUGACACCCGGAGAAGGGAGAGGGAUGGAGACACGAGCCGGAUAAAGAGGGAAAGAGAGCGAGAAUGCGUCCGCGAAUCGACCAGCCGAGAAAGAGGCAGCGCCAAGAGGUCCAAAGGAAGCAUAGAACGAAGGGACAGGGACAGGCCCCGGAACAGGGACAGGCCCCGGGACAGGGACAGGCCCCGGGACAGGGACAGAGAAAGGGACCGGGACAGAGAAAGGGACCGGGACAGAGAAAGGGACCGGGACAGAGAAAGGGACCGAGACAGAGAUGGGGACAGGGUCAGAGAAGGGGACAGGGUCAGAGAAGGGGACAGGGACAGAGAAGGGGACAGGGAAAGACGUAGAGACGGUCGUCCCGUGGUGCCACCGUCCAUCCAGGAUCUCAAUGGCUCUGACCUGUUCGCAAUCAAGCGCACCAUCACGGUCACCACSACCACCACCACCACUCUCCCCGGUUCCCCACCGCUGGCUCCAUCCUCCCCCCGCAGCCCCUCCCAGGGCUCCGAAAAGCCCCACAAGAGGAAGAAGAAGAGCCGUCGGCGCUCGGACGAAGAGUUAGACGACAGGAUUGGCCGGCGUGGGAGCCUUUCCCUCUCGCCGCCGUCACAUUACCAUGGCUAUGACUCGGACCACUUCUCAGACAAACUGGAGAUAGACAUGCGCUCUCUGGACGGGGAGGCUCUGGAUUCAGACUACCCUUCUAUAGAAGACUCCCCUCCCCAGCUUCUGGAACCCGCUGCCCUCAGCGCCAAACCCAAGACCGCUACCAAACCUGGACGCCACCACUUCAAGAAGAAAUCACGAACGGGCAAGAAAGCUGGUCAGUCCAAGUCGUCCUCUUCCUCCUCGGUUCGACCCAAAGGCAAGGGGCUCUCCACCUCCUCACUAUCCCCAACCCAGGCCACCCCCGGCCUGGCCUCCGCCCCAGCCACCCUCCCCUCGGCCAAACGAGGGCGGAAGAUAGGGAAGGAGAAAGAGCGUGGGGAAAAAGGAGGGAAGAAAGAGUCUGGUCGCUCUGGCAGGUCCAAGAAAUUAAGUGGGGGUGGGAGGAAAGCCAAGCUGCAGUCAAAAGUGUCAGUGCUGGUGCGCGAGGGCGUGAGCAGCACCACGGGGGGCCCGGUGGGCUCGGGGAAGGUGGGCAUGGAGCUCCUCGGUGUGGGCGGGCCAGUAGGGGGCUCUGGGUUGCCAGUGGUGGGAGGCUCCAUUGCCGUGGUCUUUAGGAGGGACAAUGAGAGCAGGUCUCCGUUCCUCAAGCCCUGCUCUGAGCCUCUAUUGCUAAGUGGACGCAACAAGGACCUGGGGAAGGUGGGCAAAAGCAGUUCCCUGGCCGUUCCACCUUCCUCCUUGCUGGCUAAUCCCACGGUGGCAGCGCUGAAGUCCAAGAAGGCCAAGCCCAGCUCUACCACCUCCACAUCCUCCUCGGCGUCUUCGCCCUCAUUGUCCCUAGCAAACAAGCGUAGGAGGCGGCUGGCGAAGAAGACGCGGGGAGAGAAAGGCUUAGCCAGCGGUUUGACGGACGUGGAUGGCGCUAUGGCCAACUGUAGCUCUGAGGGCGGCGGCUGGGGUGGGUCUUCCUCCGACAUCCAAUUAGGAGUGGGGGCUAAACCCUCCAGUCCGCACUCUGGUCCAGCUGGUCCAACCCCUUCCUCAUCCUCUUCAUCAUCCUCUUCCACCAGUGUCCUCCCCCCGUCCUCCUCACCCCCCCACACCCCUCCGCCCUCCCUCACCGCCUCACGUGAUGUUCGGGAGUCGUCUCCCGACUCUCAGACAGUGGACAGCAGCUGUAAGACCCCUGAGCCCUCCUUCCUACCUGAGGACUGCCCCGCUCAGACCCAGAGCACCCUCAACCUGUCCCCACCCAGUCCCUCGUCCCUACCCUCCUCCCAGGGGGGAGGCCUCUCACAGUACGGCCCCUCCAGCAUGAAGCCCCUCCCUCUGGAAGAAGCCGCCAAAUCCCUCGCCUCACCCCCUUGCUCCUCCUCAUCUGGCUCUGCCCUCGCCUCUCUCUCCCUUCCUCCUUCCUCCACAGACCCCUCCUCCUCUUCCUCUUCUUCUGUUUCUUCAUCCUCAGCCAACAAGCUGCCACCGCCUCCUCCUCCCCCUCCUGCUGUCCCUACCCUCCCCUGGAGUCUGCAGACAGGAGUGGACUGCACGGCCGGAGGAGUUUUAGCAUUGACAGCUCUGCUGUUUAAGAUGGAAGAGGCCAAUAUCGCAAGUAGAGCCAAAGCCCAAGAGUUCAUUCAUGCUACAAGCCAGAUUCUCUCCCAAACCAAUCAGAACCAUUCAUCGCAGCAUGCCCCUUCCUCUUCUUCCUCCUCCCAGGUUCCUCCCUCCGGCCCCACCCCUGCCCAGUUCAUCCUGCACAGCUCUCUCCCAAUGGUGGGCUGCACCAAAACCCCGCCCAACCACCUGCACCCUGGCAUGUCUAUGGGUGGCGGCUGUGCCCAGACCCCGCCCCCUCCCAUGCCCUCUGGGUUCUCGGGAGGGUCCGGGGGCUCCAGUGAUAUAGGCUGGGACAACGAGAGCAAGGACCCUGACAAGUACCUGAAGAAGCUCCACACUCAGGAGCGUGCGGUGGAGGAGGUGAAGCUGGCCAUUAAGCCGUACUACCAGCGUAAAGACAUUAACAAGGACGACUACAAGGACAUCCUGAGGAAGGCAGUACACAAGAUCUGCCACAGUCGAACGGGAGAGAUCAACCCGGUCAAGGUGAGCAACCUGGUCAAGCUUUAUGUUCAGAGGUACAAGUACUUCAGGAAGCACGGUCGAAAGAUGGACGAGGAAGAGAGGGAGGACAGAGAGAUGGAUUCCUCCUAUUGAUUGGACCAGGGGUCGCACUCCCCCUACUCCCAUUGGUUCUGCCACCCAAGGACCAGCCCCGCACUCCUUGCACGUGACUGGGCCCAAUGAGGCCGUAGAGUGACAUUUUGUUUUAUUCCCCUCCCUAUUUGCUGUCCCAAUGUAAACUUGUAACCCCCCCCCCCCCCCCCCCCCCUCUGUGUGUCUUGCUGUACAGAAAUGUUGAGUAGAUAUCUGCGAAAUAUACACACGCAGUAUAUGAUUUUUUUUUUAAGUACAAUGUUGUGGGAGAGAUGCGGAACACAUGUAUACACACUUACACAUGCGCGCACACACAUACUGUAUAUACUGUAAGUACACUACACUGACUCUCCUUUCUCUCUGUGUGGUAUAAACCUGUCAUGUCACAGGUGGUUGGUCUGUUGAAUGGAUGGAUGGUUUAAAUAUAGAGAUUUGACACGUGA